ACGAUGGAUCUCCUCAACCAGAGGAUCCGCCAGUCAAACGUUUCAACGAUCAGAUCUCCGGUUCAAAGCGAUAACAGGCCGACAUCCUCAUGGCAAGCGAGCGACUUCAGGAGGGACGGCGAUUAUGGGUGUGGUGUUGGUUCUAUAGUGUUAUUCCUUUUCAUUACUUCAUCCCUCAUCGACGGUUCAAGAGGCUUGUCUCAAACUCUACUUAUUGGGUGGGUGCCAAGGGCCUCAGGCUCAUAACCUAAGACUAAUGGCGUAAAUUGGCCGCAUUUCCAUGGUCCGUAGACUGGAAUUCCGGCCUUGCCGCAACCGUACU